UAGGGGUUAUUUGGCUAUAACUCACCAUGCUAGUUAGUGUGGGUUGGUGAAGGUGGGGAUUAUAGAAGUAUAAAACUAUAUUUUGGAUAUUUAUGCACAACUCUCGGUUGUCGACUGCGUCGCCCUUCAAACAUAUGACUACCUGUGUGUUUGUGUCCUCAGAGUAAAGUGAAUGCAAGCUAGAAACAAGUAGGUGGGUGUUAUUCUACUGGGGUGCAUUUACGAGAUAACUUGUCAACAUGUGUUUUUAAGAUGGUACAAAAAGCUGCUGGCAUCUGAACAUUACAAAUCCUUGUGUUAUCACCUUGCACUUUAGCCCUUUAAAAGGCGAUUGCCAAAUGGCGUUACUUGUUCCAAAGCUCAAACUCCAUAACCUUUUGGGCGUGGUGUGACCAAAGCUGCUUUGUUGAAGGCUGCCUUCAUUUCGGAUGAGCAAGAGAACGGGAGAAAUGGGGCUUAGAUAUUCCAUUACUAUGAUGUUUAUGAACACACUCCUCGGCCUGGUUCCCUUCUUGGUCCUUGGUACAUGCAGCAUCCACAGCAAUACAGUUAUCAGAACAGUGGCGAGGGGGAAACUACAGGGCUUGCGCAUAAACCUCGGUCAAGGCAUAUCUGUUGAAGCGUUUGUUGGAAUACCCUAUGCCAAGCCGCCUAUUGGGGACCUCCGGUUCAGAAAGCCAGUGCCUUUGGAGAAAUGGGAUGGUGUUUAUAAUGCCACCACCUUCUCACCAGCAUGCUACCAGAAGCCGUGGUUUUUGGAGGAAAUAAGUUUUGGAAAAUUUGACCACUUUGAUGAGGAUUGCCUUUACUUGAACGUAUUCAUCCCAGAGGUGGACACUGCAGAUAAAAUGGCGGUGAUGGUGUGGAUUCAUGGUGGCGCUUAUCGAUACGGGACUGCAGAGGAAUACGAAGGAAGAUUCUUAGCAGCCGCGGGUGUCAUUCUUGUAACUGUAAACUACCGCCUUGGUCCGCUGGGGUGGCUAAGCACUGGAGAUGAGCAAUCCCGAGGAAACUACGGACUCUGGGAUCAACACGCUGCCCUGAUGUGGGUGAAACACAACAUAGAAUCUUUUGGAGGAGACGCAAACCGGGUGACCAUAUUUGGAGAGAGUUCCGGCGGUGGAGGCACAGGCUUGCAUCUCUUCUCUAAGCACAGCCAAGGACUCUUCCAGGCGGCCGUGUCUCAGAGUGGAUGUGCCCUAGCUCAUUGGGCCAUCCUCCUUCCCCCCUGGAAAGCUUCAGAUACAGCAGCUCAGCUGGCAAAUGCCCUGCAGUGUCCAACAUCCCCCACCAAGGACAUGAUCACGUGCUUAAAAACCAAACCCGCAGAGGUGUUUCAUGACGUUGAUGUGAAGGGUCCACCGAUGAUUUCACCUUGGGCACCAGUAAUUGAUGAAGAUUUUAUUUAAAGAAACCCAAGGGAACUUCUCCAGAGGGGUGAACACUCAAAAGUGCCACUGAUGAUCGGAGUGGUGAAGGACGAAUUAGCUGAGGAAUGGCCAGACAGCCCGACCAUGACAAGACCUGAAUUUGAAGAACAGAUGAAAAAUUGGGUCAACAGAUUUCAAGAAAACAAAGAAGCCAUUUAUGAAGCACUACUCUAUGAAUACACUGACCACGUCAACCCAGAGGAUGAAGAAAUCAUACGGGAAAAAUUCAUUGAGGUGAUUGGCCACGGCUAUCGUGUUGACUGAAACCUCUUCUUUGAGUACCAAGUACUGUAUCUCUCCCUGUUCUCCAUGACCUCUCUGUUGCGUAUGGUCCUCUAUGCGCAUCUCCAUGGCGAUGUGGAUGGACAUCUUCCGGUCUCCACUCUUACCUCAGAUUUAACAAGUGUGCGGCAGCACUGCAUGCACAAAAACCUUCAGUCUUAUCCAGACCGCCAGUGCAAAAAAAUGCACGUGUGGCCAUGUCGUUCAGGCACCAAAUCGAUUUGAGAAAACUUAGCUCCCAACAGGUGACAGUAAAACAUACAACUGUAGAUCGGUUUCGCUCUGAUUUGGACUGACUAGUCUUCACUGUUCCAUGCUGCCUUAUGCCUCAGCACCCCAUCUCUCCUCUCCACCCAUAUAUUCCAUUUCAAGGCCUGUGUUCGUCUCAGAAGCGUCUGAGCUAGGGGUGUCGCACAAGGCUCAAUCCUUGGCCCUUUCCAAAUCCACACACGGAACUCAUGAUGCAACCUCGCACUUUUCUCACCAUCAUUGUGUUCUUGCCGCCGUGUGCUGUGCCACGGUUGUGCAGAUGAAGUCGGACUACGAGUACAUCGCGCCCGCGCUGCACCACGCCGAGGGCCAUGCCCGCGGUGGCUCUGCCACUUUCGUGUACACGUUCAACUACCGCACACACAGCUCCCCAUGGGCCCCGUGGUACGGAGUGCCACAUGGUGAAGAGCUGUAUUACGAGUUUGGAACACCACUGUGGAACGAUAGCAUGCCCUGCCCUUGGACCUGUGGUGCUAUCACACACUGGCACAACCGACAAUCGUCUUGGCUGGAAUCGGAUAAACAGAUGAGCCACUUCUUUAUUCAACUGGUCACAAACUUCGCAAAAUAUCAGUAAGAAAUGUUUAAUGCUGUCAGUAUACAAUCAUAGCAAAGUUGUGAUCUAUAAUGCCGUAGAACUCCUCUUAUCCACGACUCCUGUUAUCCAUGGGCCCUGGACAAUCUGUGAUCGUUAUCUACAGGUAUAUUCUUCCUUAAAUCUGUUUAUACACAGGUAAGAAUGGUUAUCCACAAAUGAUCCGGGUCAAAUAAAUUCGUGGCUGAUGCCUUCAUGAUAUCUUAACUCUGCAACUCUCUCCUCUAUUGCCUCCCUAGAUCCCCGCAUACCCGAGAUGAUUCAAAAUUUUCUGUCAGACUGAAAAUCCACCUCCGUAAAUGUGACCAUAUCACCACAAAAUUCUAAUCCCCCCACUGGCCGCCACUUCAGUCCCAGGUCAACUUUAAAGAUCCUCCAGAUUCAUCCUUGCCUACUUCUCCCCACUUGUCUUGAUGUUGCUGCUGCUGUGCUCACACACCACAGAUCUCCUUUGUAAAGUAGCUAGACAACUGUAUAAACAAGGUAAUCCGUCAUCUUGGUUCUUUCGGUAAAGUCACGUAGAAUGAGAAUAAAACAAAUGUCUUAUUUUGUUUUAUUGUUUUCUCAUUCUACGUGACUUUACCGAAAGAACCAAGAAGAUGAAUCCUUGCAGUCACGAAAGCUUUAAAUUGAAAGAUAAUCCGUGUAACAAAUCACAAACACGAUUUCUCUACUCCAGCAACGAAGGCAGUCUUUCCAAGCCCAGUCAGUCUUUGCUCAGUGAAUGGUUGUUCAUUCUCCUCUGCUGCCCUCAGUCUGGAACUUCCGUCUCCCAGCCAUUCAUGACUUUAACUCCGAGCUCAAGUCCAGACCUUCCUCUUUUAAUAUACCUGUACUGCCUCCAAAUGGCUGUUAAAUAGAUGACAACUCUUUUGUACAGCAUCCUGAGAUGUGGUUGCAUUUAUUACAAUCUAAUUUUAUUUAACUUUGAUACGUCCAAAUUCAUAACUGCAUGAGUCUAGCUCAUGAAUCCCAAGUAAAAAUUCCCAUCAAGCCGUUAUCCUGCUGCCCUCUCCAUGGUGGUAACAUGUCACUUCGGUCCAAUUUGUGGCAAAAAAUGUUUCUUAUGGUACCACGUUCCAUAACAUUUCAUUACUCCCUCUAAAACAGCGGCACUUCAAGAUUUAGUGCCGAUUGAAAGCUGUUGUCGAUGUAAUUCCCAAAGUGCAACAUCGCAACGCCAGUGUGCACACCACACAUGCGGUCACUCAUAAAUGUGCCAAGGAGAGGCAGCUGGCAUUCCAUAUUUUUGUUCUAUUUUCCAGGCGAGUUACGACAUUCAGUGAAGCACCAGAUUGGAGAAGGGCAGAUGACCCCACAAAGUGGGCACGAACUGCCACCAAGCAACAGCAAUAUAUUAAUGAGUUGGCACAACUCAGAUGCAGUUAGUUACCAGCUUCAGAUUAUUCACAAUGAGCUAAUUUGUGCAAUGGAACAUUGCCCUAAACAUUCCUCCUCUUUCAAGGCCACGGUGUUAUUGAAGAAUGUUACAAUAGUGCUUGUGCAGCACUGCCAAUGCAGUAUUACAAAAUAUGUAAAAUAGUGAGGUAAUGCAUACUUUUCAAAGAUUCGCAUUUGGUAUUUAUCUUUUACAAGCCUCUUGGAUCAACCCUUCUCCAAUUCCUCGAAGUACAUUGUGUCUCCUUCAUAAAAAAGCUAAAUCCUACCAAUGUCCAGGCACCUGGCUUGUCACAAGAAUAUUCAGUAUAGUACUCUUAAACAAAAUCUAAGAAAAAAUCACUUGGGGUUCCUUCUUAAUAAACAAAUCACGAAACCCAUGACCUGUGGUGCCAGCUGAUCUAUCACCAUCGUGCCCGCGUAUGUUGCCGUCAGUUAUCGCUCGUCGCACAGCUCUAAAGGUGAUAGACUCCAUGUUCCCUUUGGCCUUGCGCUUUAUUUUAAACGAGGGCCCCUAUGUUAAUGUCCUCUACUUUAAACCUAAUUUCCAUCAAUGAUCUCUAAAGGGAGACCUACACCGGUAUACGUUCACGUAUGAAGCAACUGCUGCAGAACUCAUAAAUCAUCCACAACGCUGCACCUACCUGGAACACCUUUGCUGUCCCUUCCGUAGUCAACACGUCCCCCAUAAACUCGCACUCUACAACACGGACACUUUGCUUAGGCUGUUUGAAUGCUUCUGAUUGUUGUUCCCUCAUUUGAGUCUUGCCUCGUUUUCCAGUAGCAUUCUCAAUAUUUGUUAGAUUUGGUUGUAAGUGCAAUGACAUUGUCAUGUGCCUUGGAUUACUUUACAGAAGUACUGACCAUUGCAUAGAUUUGUAACGAUGUGCUUUCUCGCAAUUAUACCACUUGGUAUGACUAUUCGAUGUAACAAAAUAUUUUUUAGGCUUGUGGUCAAUGCAACACCAGAGUUGGCUGUAGGAGCAUGCGGACUUCUUGAAUUGUACAAACAGGAAUUUAUAAUUUUGCAUGCACGGUUCAACACGUGUCACGAGCGCAAUGUUUGAUUGUGAUUAACCAACCAAUGUCUUAUUGCGUUGCCUAACCAAGCAUCCCUUUGCUCAGUGAUCCGACGCCCGCAAUCCUGAACAUGAGCACUGCCUGGCCAACAUUUGAUCUUCGACAGCGCAAAUAUCUACACAUCGACACAACAUCUGAAGCUCGAAGUGACUUGAGGGCACGAGAAAUGUAUUUUUGGAAUAACUAUUUUCCGAAAGUCAUCAACAGGACCUCACCAGAGUCGUGCAGGAGCUCAGCAAAUACAUUCCAUUCUGGAGCUGCGGAGUUUUUUGUUGCUUGUGCAUUGCUUUUGCUACACCUACAAGGUUAAGUUGGGAAAUCUCCCAUCAGAGCAGAAAUAAUGUUUAAAUUUCACAAUUGUGCCUUUUGAUAUUAAAAGAUAGCCUCGAAGUUAAUGUCAAACGUGUUCAAAUAAUUGCAGUCAGCCAACUUAUUUGUUAAAUAAUAUAAAAAAAUUAUGUAAUGUCACAUUACAAAUCCAACCGACUGGCACUGUGGCUACAGCAUAUCUCGCUCUGAGGCUGAGAGUUCAAUUCCAGCCUGAAGGUGAAGUUUACUGUUCAUCCCUUACUUUACUAUCUGGACCUGGACACAUCUCCAAAGUUGUACCAAAUCCCCAAUAAUCUAACCAUCCUCUGGCAGCUGUGACCUUUAGAAGAAGGAACAAGACCUGCCAAAACAGACAUCAACAAAGACCAAGGUUCAGGUGAACAAAUCUAUAGUAGUUCCAGUACUGCGGUUUGGUGAAGAAUGUUUUACGACAGGAAACGUUGAUGAAAGAGAGAUCUUUAUGUUCGAGAUGAACCUGGCCAAGUAUUCUAGGAGGUCUGAGACCGCAGAGACUGAAAAUCAAUAAAAAUGAAAAAUGGCUCAAAUUACCAGUUCAGAUAUAUCACUCACCACUAAUGUGAACCAUGGCCAUGGUUCAAACUCUUAAGUUCGUGGCAGUGUGCGAACCACUACACCACCAGCUCUAAAAUCGACCAAUCUGAACGCUGAAAAAGUUUAUGUAUGUUUAAAUUAUUUCACACCAUACAUUGACAAACGUGCUAAUUUUGUACAAAUAGUGACUUCUAUAACCCUUUGAGUAACCUCUGAUACCCAUGAUGUGAAAAUAACUUCAUGUUCUGGUACUAUUGACAUAACUUUCAAGAUUAAUGUACGACUGAUAAGACGAACAA